AUGCUGGCUCUGGCCUACAACAAAAUCGAGGCCCUCAAGGCGCUGCUGAGGCGCGGGGCCGAUCCGAAUCUGGCCGACGCCAAGGGAUCGACGCUUCUGCACGACAUGUGCAAGCGGGGCGACGACCUGGACGAGGAGGACGACGCCGAGGCCUUGGCGAGGCGCCUGUUCGAGAUCGGCGCCGAGAACGAGGCUCUCCCCAGGGUGCGGCUCGACGCGCUGGACGGCGAGGGCUCCGCGGCGCUACACCUCGCCGUCGGUCGCCGUGGCUUGGUCGAGCUGCUGCUGCGCCAGGGCGCCGAUCCGAACGUGGCCGACGCCGAGGGAUUCACGACGCUGCACCUGAUCUGCAAGCUCGACCCGAACUUCGCCGAGCGGUUCUUCGCGAUCUGCGACGAGGUGGCGCGCGAGGUGCGCCUCGACGCCCGGGACAAGCUGGGCAGGACGGCGCUGCACGUGGCCAGGGGCAAGACGCUGAUCGAGCUGCUGCUGAGACGAGGCGCCGAUCCCAACGCGGCCGACGAGGAGGGAUCGACUCCUCUGCAUAUUUUGUGUCGGGAUAGCAGGGAUAAGAAUUUCGACUACGCGAAGCGGUUGCUCGAGGUCAGCGAAGAAAUCGGUCGACCGCUGCUGGUCAACGCGCGCGACAAGAACGGCUGGACCCCGCUGCACCUGGCACUGGACGGCUCUCGCAAAAAUCUCGUCGAUUGGCUGCUGAGACGAGCCGGAGCCUACCCCUGCCACCUCGACUCGGAGGGCCGGACUCCUCUGCACGUCAUUUGCGAUAGGACAAGAUUUUGGGGGAACGACGACAACGACGACGAUCUGGUGGAUGUAUUCUGCGAGACCGUCGGCGAGAUCGCCGGCGAAGUCGGGCCGACGUUCCCAGACGUCGAUGCCCAGGACGAGCGGGGCAACACACCGCUGCACCUGGCGCUGGGCCGCGACCGUACGAAGCUGGUCGAGUCGCUGCUGCGCAGGGGGGCCGAUCCGAACCUGGCCAACGCCGAGGGAUCCACCCCUCUGCACGUCAUUUGCCGAGAAAACUCGAACCCACCCAGCGGCGUCAAGAUCGUAGACAUCGCGCGAAGAUUCUUCGACGUGAGCGACGACGUGGGCCGGCCGGUGGACGUCGAUGCUCGGGACGAUAAGGGCAACACGCCGUUGCACUUGGUGCUGCAGAGCCCAGGAGGCAUCGAGCCAAUGACCAAGCUGCUGUUGAGCAGAGGCGCCGAUGUGAAUCUGGCCAACGAGGCGGGAUCGACGCCGCUGCACGUUGUUAGCAAGCGACACUACGGCGUCGAGUUGGCGGCGAUUAUGUUCGAGGCGAGCGACGAGAGACAACGAACCGUACGAAUCGACGCCCGAGACAACGAGGGUAAUACACCGUUGUGCUUGGCUCUGCUCCGAGACGAUUAUUUCGUGAGAAUGACGCCGUUGCUGCUGAGACGCGGCGCGAAUCCGAACCUAGCCAAUGCGGAGGGACUGGCGCCGCUGCACAUCAUCUGUCGAAAACAAUACGAUCGCGAUAACGUAGCCAAGGUAUUUUUCGAGAUCAACGACGAGCGGCGUCAAACCGUCGACGUAGACGCCCGAGACAGCUCGGGCCGGACACCGCUACAGCUGGCCGUGCGCAAUCUCCUACCGAACGCCGUCGAUCAGCUCUUGGAUCACGGCGCCGAUCUCGCCGGCUUCGUUUUCCCGAGCGAGGAGAUCUCCGACGAGAGAUUCUCGAAGGAGACCAACGCGAGACACUGGCGCAGCGACAGUUUGGGCGCGGCGACCAAUGCUCUGGCCGUGAUCGAGCGUCUGGAGAGCAGAGGAUACCGGCUGGACCGAAGCGACGCCAUGAGGUUCAUGAAAUUUUUCGCCGAGCACAAGAUGUUCGGUGAAGAGACAAAACCGUGGUAUUUUAACAAUAGAUUCGGAGUUACAGCGGAAAAUAUAACGAUGAUUCCAGAUAUGUCUCUCUACGAUCUGUUGACUAAAUUUCGUCCCAAAGAGGCGGCGAAAUUACUCACGCUCGAGGACUUCGCGAGGUUGCGAGAAUCGCAAACAUUUCAGAAAUACCUCAAAUGGCACUAUAAUCCAGCUUCUUAUACCCACCUCAGCGAGAUACUGCUGGGAGGAUUUUGCCGACGAUGGGCGCUGGAUUCUUUCUGGGAGCUGAUUCACAAACGACUGCCACUCGAGUGCUGCGACAUGAUCAUGGAUCAUCUGAUGAACAAAGAUUUAUGGAACAUUUGUUUGGCGGCUGCGGGUCAAAGUUCGUGA